GCUCAUUCUGGUUGCUCCCUUGCUCCUGUCGUGCGGUAAAGUUUCCGAAGUUUUCAUAGGAAAUUCCUCUCAAGUUUCCGGAGAAGCGCAUCGGCUCAUCUACCGGCGUACGGCAACCCCAGUCUCUGUGAGUUUUGAGCCGGGUAGGGUAUGAGCAAUCCAGCGAGCAACUUGGUGGAAACAUCGCGACCGAUCAGCGGUCGAAGACCGCGAAGUUCAGCGCGUCCAACGAGCGGCGGGCGACAGGCCUGGAACACCGCCCAGCUCACCCGCGAGGAGUCUAGGGACCUCGAAGCCUUCGGAGCUAGCGACCAGUUUGAGAUCGUCGACGACAGUGAGGCUGUCAUCGUACCCGAGCAGAAAGGAUGCCUUGUGAGUUGCCUGCGAGGCCUCAGGGGGUUGUGGUCGACACGGCAACUCGGCGGAGGUGCCAAGGCGGAUCGGGAGUGGUACAUCCGCACAACUCUGAGGGAGCUGCUCAUCUACAUUGUAUUCCUGGUGAUCCUCUGUGUUUUGACUUUUGGGAUGAUGAGUCCCGUGAUGUACUACCAGACCAAGGUCAUGAGUGACCUCUUUCUGGACUCCUCCUACAAGGACAAUGUGAGCAACCUUCGGGGCUCAUCCAGCAUCGACAACUUCUGGUCGUUUGUGGAGGACGUGAUGAUCAACUCGCUCUACUGGGAGAACUGGUACAACAACCGGAGCACGUCGGCGGACGACCGGAACAUCCUCUACGAGAACCGGCUCCUAGGCUCGCCCCGCAUCCGACAACUGCGGGUGCGCAACGACUCCUGCAACGUCCACCCGGACUUCAAGAAGGCCAUCACCCAGUGCUACGACACAUACUCGCCCCACUUCGAGGACAAGGGGCCGUUCGGUCUCAUGAACGGAUCUGCCUGGACGUACCACUCUGAGAAGGAGCUGGACGGAGCGGACCACUGGGGAAUGCUGUCCUCGUACAGCGGCGCGGGCUACUACGCCGACCUCGGCAUCACCAAGGACGCGGCCCUGCAGGUCAUGGCGGAGCUCAAGGACAACCUGUGGAUUGGGAGAGCCACGCGGGCCGCCUUCCUCGACUUCACUGUCUACAACGCAAACGUCAACCUCUUCUGCGUCAUCAAACUCGUCUUCGAGUUUCCGGCCACCGGGGGCAUGAUCCCCUCGUGGAGUUUCCGCACCGUGAAGCUCCUGCGCUACGUGUCAACUGGCGACUACUUCGUCCUGGCGUGCGAGGUCGUCUUUGUCAUCUUCAUCCUCUACUACAUCGUUGAAGAGGCCCUCGAGAUCAAAAGCAACAAGUGCGCCUACUUCAAGUCCAUCUGGAACAUCCUUGACAUCCUUGUGAUCCUUAUCUCGACGGUUUGCAUAGCAUUCAGCAUCUACCGGACAGUGAUGGUGAACCAGCUCUUGUCCGGGCUGCUCGACAAGCCCGACGUUUUUCCUGACUUUGGCAAGCUGGGCUUUUACCAGACGCAGUUCAACAACGCCGUUGCACUGGCCGUCUUCUUCGCAUGGAUCAAGGUGUUUAAGUACAUCAGCUUCAACAAGACCAUGACCCAGCUGUCCUCCACGCUCUCCAGGUGCUCCAAGGACGUGGCCGGCUUCAGCAUCAUGUUCUUCAUUGUGUUCUUCGCCUUCGCUCAACUGGGUUACCUCCUUUUUGGCACUCAAAUCCAAGGAUUCAGCUCAUUCGUCAAUGCUGUGUUUACACUGCUGCGCCUUAUUUUGGGAGAUUUCGACUUUGAGGAGAUGGAGGCCGCAAAUCGUGUCCUGGGCCCCAUUUAUUUCCUCAGCUACGUGUUCUUCGUUUUCUUCGUGCUUCUGAACAUGUUCCUCGCCAUUAUAAACGACACUUAUGCGGAGGUGAAAUCCGAAAUUGCUCAACAGAAGAAUGAGUUUGAGCUCGUGGACUACUUCAAGAAGGGUUACAACAACAUCCUUGGAAAACUGGGCAAGCGAGACCAGAUUGUGGACAUCCAGAACGCUCUCAAGAUGGCAGACUCCAACAACGACAGCAAACUGACCUUCGAGGAAGUGCGAAGGACACUCAAGGCUCAGAACUUCAGCGACAUGGAGAUCGAGAUGAUCUUCUCUAAGUACGACGUUGACGGGAACCGCGAGCUGAGCGAGCAGGAGACAAAGGAGAUGAUGGCCCACCUGGAGGGUCAGAAAGUGCUGCUUGACCAGGAGAUCCAGCUCGAGAAGACCCAGGGAGACUCCAGCAAUGCCGGCGGCAACGCUGGCGGUGGAGGGGGGGGCGACGGCAGCGGCGUGUCGCUCGACGACUUCAACGUGCUUUCCCGAAGAGUGGAUCGCAUGGAGCAUUCCAUUGGAAGCAUUGUCUCCAAGAUCGACGCUGUGCUGGUCAAAAUGGAGUCUAUGGAAAAGGCCAAGGCGCACCGGCGUGAGAACAUGAACAAGAUUCUCGACAGCAUCUCUGAGAAUGAAAACCUGGAUGAGAGAGGGAAACGUCAGCAGAUGGAGAAGUUGGUCAGGGAUGAACUACAAAGAUGGGACUCUGAAGCGUCCCUGCACACUCCGCGCAGGGUUUAG